AGACAAUCCAAGAAAGCAUUUAACUUUUCCAGAAUAAAAGAAAGAAAAUAGUAAUAAAGAAGAGGAGAAAAUGGGGUCGAGAAUAUGCUUCGUUUUGCUUCUCUUCUUCCUUGUUCUUGGCAUUGCCACAUCCUCACUCCUUGAUUAUGAUACGGUGGAGACUCCAGGAGAAAAAGGGCGUUCCCUUCUUGAAAAGAAAAAGGAACCAAAGAUGACCGAACCUUGUCCAUUCGACGUGAAAAAAGCGAACUACAAAAUAGUUACGAGCCAGUGUCAAAAACAACCAUUUCUUUACCCCGCCAAGGCAUGCUGCAAAUCAUUUAAGCAAUUAACCUGCAAAUAUAGGGAUUACCUUAACGAGGAUAACACUUGCGCCGAGGAAAUGAUCGAAUAUCUCCGUAACUACGGCAAGUAUCCUCCGGGGACUUUCCGGCGCGUCUGUGAAGAAUUUGAAGGCAAGAAGGACCUCGACUGUGCUGGAUAUUAAUAUAUAUGAAAGAAGAAAAUGCAGCCAAAAUAGGUUUGGAAUAUAUAAAUUCCUGUCCAAAGAUUUGGAUUACGUACAAAACUUGUACUAUAUAAAAUUGUACAAAGUGUUUCCACUGGCUUAAUUAUAACUUAACCUACUAUACUCCUCCAA